AUGCAAUCAAUAAAGUGUGUUGUUGUUGGUGAUGGUGCUGUCGGUAAGACGUGCUUAUUGAUCUCCUAUACUACUUCUAAGUUCCCAGCUGAUUACGUUCCUACUGUAUUUGAUAACUAUGCCGUAACUGUGAUGAUAGGUGAUGAACCAUUUACUUUCGGACUAUUUGACACUGCUGGUCAAGAAGAUUACGAUCGAUUAAGACCGUUGUCAUAUCCUUCUACUGAUGUUUUUUUGGUAUGUUUCAGUGUUAUUCUGCCCGCAUCAUUUGAAAACGUUAAGGAAAAAUGGUUUGCCGAAGUCCAUCAUCAUUGUCCCGGUGUUCCCUGUUUGAUUGUUGGAACUCAGAUUGAUUUAAGGAACGAUGAAGUGAUUUUACAAAGAUUACAUAGACAAAAGUUAUCUCCAAUUACAACUGAACAAGGAGAAAAGUUAGCCAAAGAAUUGAGGGCCGUUAAGUAUGUUGAGUGUUCUGCUUUAACACAAAGAGGAUUAAAGACUGUAUUCGAUGAAGCGAUCGUGGCUGCUUUGGAACCACCAGUAUUAAAGAAGUCGAAAAAGUGCACCAUUUUGUAA